AUUGCCAGGUAUUAGCAUUUAGCACAACAUUUUUACAUGUUAUAAAUACUGAAAAAUGACGUACUUAAGACUCAAUCAUCUAAUUAUAACAGUAUCUGAGUGCAAGUCUGCCUGGAAGUCGCUCAAAGAUGCGAUCAACUAUCGAAGGAGGCAUAAGCCGGGAAAGUCAGGGAAAGGGGGACCUGAAGGAGACGAGGAGGACGAUGAUCCUGAUGCUAAUACCCAAAUGAGCCUCGAAGCCUGGACUUUUUAUGAGUCAUUAAAGUUCCUUGUUGAUACUAAACCUACUCGCAAAACUAUAUCGAGCAUAGUAGUUGACGACGAAGAUGACGCUAAGGAUCAAGAAAACGUAUGUAAUAAUACGCCAAGUUCAGAUGACGUAGAAUUUGAAGCUCUCCCGACUACGCCAGCUCUUCCGGAACAAAAGUUCAAACGCCCGGCAAGCAACUACGACUACAUGAGCUGCAAAAGAAAUAAAGAAAACACAGAUAAUACUGACACUAAAGUUAUCGCCACUGGUAUCGCCGAAUUGGUGCAACUUCGAAAGCAGGCCACUGCUUCCACCACGCAAGUCAAGCCUUUGAAGUAUGAGUCUAUGUAUGCAAAUUUAGAUCGGAUGUUGGCAAAAUUGCCGUCUAAUGUUGUUGAAGAUCUGAAUAUGCAAUUUGUUUCUCUGGCAUAUGGAGAAGUAAAAAAGUACGAACAUCACGAUAUCAUUAACACCACUUAA